AUGAAAUGUAAAGUGGUAUGUCCAGUAAUCGACUGUUACUGGAUGUUGAUGUUAAAUGAGCAUCACUGUGUUUUCAGUGAGGGCAAAGCAGCCAAACUCACACAGUAUGAGAAGAAGAUCAAAGCAGCCAAGAAAGAAGAGAAGAUGCGUUAUGUGGAGCCACCAGAUGGAGGAUGGGGUUGGAUGGUGGUUCUGCACUGCUUUCUGGUGAACGUGCUGGUGAUGGGGACCUUGAAGACUUUUGGGAUCUUCUUCGUGGUGCUGCAGGACGAGUUCGGUGGCUCGUCUGAGAGCAUCAGCUGGAUCGGCUCCAUCAUGUCCAGCAUCAGACUCUCAGGAGGUCCUCUGGCCUCUGUAGCCUGUGCUAAGCUAGGGAACCGAAUCACCUCCAUCAUGGGAGCCAUGCUGGUGACCACAGGCUUUCUUAUCAGCAUUUUCGCAAACAGUAUCAUCUACUUGUACAUCAGCAUGGGGCUGGUGGUGGGUCUUGGCUUUGCACUGCUGUACCAAGCCUCAUCUGUUGUGACUGCAACUUAUUUCCGUAAGAGGUUAGCCACGGCGUACUCAAUCGGCCGCUCUGGCAUGGGCUUGACCUUUGCGCUGGCACCCUUCACACAACUGCUUCUGGAUCUGUAUGCAUGGCAGGGAGCUCUGUUGAUUUUGAGUGGUCUGAUGUUGAACUUGGUGGCUUCUGCAAUGCUGCUGCGGCCCAUCCAAAUACAGCCUGCUUCCUUUUCUCGGACUUCUUCCCCCGGCCUUAGCAGAGACCUGUCUGCUUCACUGACACAAGUGGAGAAGGAAUCUCUUGAGAACUGUCAGAAAGUGACUCCAGCUAUAUCUAAUGGCAUCGCCAAAACAGGAGCUUCUUCUAUUCACAGGGAUACACUUAUCAUUGAGAACACAUCUCUAGGGCAGAGAAACCUCCAAGCUAUGGAAGUAACAAGCCUGGUCCAGAAUGGUGGCAAUGAAUUGGACAAUUGUGCAGUAAAGGUUUGCCCAGAGACAAAUGGCAUAUUGACUGUAAAUUCCUUAGUACAGGAGAAGACUCCAACUAAAAAAGCCAAAGUUUUGGACUUCUCACUCUUAAAAAAUCCAUUUUUUUGUAUAUAUACCUGGUCUCUUGUCUUCAGUCAGUUAGCCUACUUCAUCCCCUACUUCCACCUGUCAGCGAGAGCCAGGACUUUGGGCAUUGACCCCAUGGAUGCAUCUUUUAUCAUAUCUGUGGCAGGUAUAACAGAAACCGUGGCUCAGCUGGCCUCUGGCUGGGUGACAGACAGGAACCUGGUGCAUAAGUACCACUACCACAAGACCUAUCUGAUCCUGUGUGGGAUUGUCAACCUGCUCUCUCCCCUCGCCACCUCCUACAUCCAGCUCAUGAUUUAUGCCAUGUUCUUUGCCAUCUUCUGUGGAGGCUACAUGGCUCUGCUCCUACCAGUCCUGGUUGACUUGGUAGGAUCUGAAAAAGUGAACAACUCUAUGGGUUUUUCCAUGUUCUUUGUGGGGAUUGGCUGUCUAACAGGCCCUCCGCUGGCAGGUUUUCUGUAUGACUACACCCGGAACUAUGACUGCUCCUUCUACUUAGCUGGUGUGUGUUACCUGCUGUCAUCACUCUCUCUUUUCCUGGAACCACUCGCACAGCACUGGCAGGCCAGAAAAAAGCAACAGGAGUUACUCAAUAAAGAGCAGGGGUGGAGCAGCAGCUUCUUCUGUCUAGGAUCUCAGCAAAACAGAGUGGUAUAG